AUUCUCUAGUGUUAAGUGGGAAAAAUCCCAUAUCAAUUAAGGGGAAACUUUUAGACUUAAUAUGAUAGGAGCUAGCCCACUCAUUCUCAACUGGUUUUAAGUUGGGUGUGCACAUGGUAUCCAAGCCCAGGCCCCAUUUUAUGUUGAGACCAUUUAGUGUGCAACCCAAGGGAGGUUGUUGGAAGCUGCUAGCACCACCCAGGGGAGGUUGAUAGUGGCUGGUUGGAUGUUCACAUCUAGUAAUUCAUAUAAGCCUCAAAUGGUCUAUUUUGGCCCUAGGUUUUCCUGCUUUCUGGGAAAUCAUCAAGCUUUAGGUGUUAUGACCUUAAUACAAGUUCCUAUAACUUAAGGCCAAUUGGUUUUUUAACCUUGACAGUCUCCCUUGUCCAUCUAUAUCAUUAAAGUGUUUGACAAGUCAUUGGAGAAAUGCUUUACUUUGUUGCUUAGGAUAUGAUUACUUUCUAAUUGGUUGCUGAAGUGAGUUGAACUGUGUGAAGGAGUUGCAUGCAAAAAUUCCUUUCUCCUUUAUGUCUUCAUGGAAAUUUUUACCUUUGUUCACCAAAUGUGAUGCAGAAAGUGAGAUAAUGCCAAGAAGGGCUUGCAGCAAUUAUUCAGUAUUUCAAAAUAUGCAUAUUUAGUAUUUUCAGUACACUUUUCAUUUUAUCAUGGAAUAAUAGGCAAAUAUAAGACCCAAAGUAAUUUCAGUAUACCAGCAAAUAAUCCCUUGAUAAAACUUUGGUGGCAAAUCCAUCCUUUAACGCACAAACAGUACCAAAUUUCCUCAAAGUGGAUGGAAUACGUUUGUCAACCCAUCACUCCACAUUAGAUAAGUUAAACAUUGACUAAUGUUUUGCAUCCACUUUGGGGAAAUUUGCUGCUGUUUGUGAGUUGAGGGUAAUUUCCACCAAAGUUUCAUUAGGGGCUUAUUCACAAACCUUGUUCAGAGUUCUAGAGUACCAAUUCAGUUUUUCACUAGUCCAAUUUAAUGGAUAACUUGAUCCACUUCACACAGAAUUAUGUCAGUUUCCCAGUUGCUAAUCUAAAUAUUGUUUGGGAAAGAAGAGAAAAAAAUAUGAAAUGAUGCAUGGUUUCCUUCAUAAUUAUUUUAAGUUGAUGCCAUCAUAUAACCAGUAAGAUUGUCUUUCUGUUUCCUUAGCUUUUCAAAUUUGGAAGAAGAUUCAGGAAGACUCACAGAGGGACUUUGGAGGCGAGCAUUUGCUGCUGGUGCUGUCACACCGAUGGAGAAAAGAGCCUUUAGAAUUGCAGAUGAUAUGUAGUGUCUAAAAUCUGACUUUUGGGUUCAUUUUAUGAGUAACAUUGUUUAUCCACUUUUCAUAUCAUGGACUAAUUUCCUUUUGUUCCUAGCCAGAUAUGAAGCAGGUCUUCUUUUUGCAUACUUGGCUCUUGUUCCAUUUUGUGAAGCGGGAACCAUGGAUAGCCUUUCUUUGCAAGUGAGUGUCUGUUGAUAUUUACUUUAUUACUGAAAUUGCUUUUGUCCAUUUCCCAGC